CUACCAUUUCCAUUACCAAGAAGAAGAAGAUCCCUUCUUCCUGCUCCUACUCCACUUGCCUUUCCCCUCUGUCCUCCAUUUUUCCCCUGCCUUUCCAUUUGCUUUUCGGUGCUCGCACGUCCAUAUCUUCUUCAUCUUCCUCCUCCUCAUCCUCUUCUGUCUCUGUCUCUUCCACCAAAUUAGCCCACCUUCCUGUUUAUUUGAACUUUCUGUUCAGCUUCCGCUUUCGAUGCCCUUCUGAGAGAUCCCCCUCUAGACCCCUGUCGUCUCCGUCCACCCUUUCUCUGCCUUUGUCCGAAAAUGAAGAAAAGGGCCCACCUUGAUCGGCUCCUGCUCGCCAUCGCACUCCUCUGCUCUCUGCUCCAGAACUCUGACGCUCAGGGCGGCGAUGCUGACGUAAUGCUGGCCCUCCGGGAGAGCCUAAACGCGCCGUCGACACUCGGGUGGACCGACCCGGACCCCUGCAAGUGGGCGCCGCAUGUGAGCUGCACCGAAGGACGGGUCACCCGGAUCCAAAUCGGGAACCAGAACCUGCAGGGGACUCUACCCAAGAACCUCAACGCCCUCACCAAGCUCCAGCGGCUUGAGCUCCAGUUCAACAGCAUCUCGGGCCCACUCCCCACCCUGAGCGGCCUCAGCUCCCUUCAGGUCCUCUUGCUCAGCAACAACCAGUUCACCUCCGUCCCCCCCGACUUCUUCACCGGCAUGUCCUCGCUGCAGUCCGUCGAGAUGGACAACAACCCUUUCCAAUCGUGGGAAAUCCCGGAAAGCCUCCAGAGCGCCUCUUCGCUGCAGAAUUUCUCUGCCAAUUCCGUGAACAUCACCGGGAAGAUCCCGGAUUUCUUCCGGGGCGACGUGUUCCCCGGCCUCACCUUGUUUCAUCUGGCCAUGAAUGAUCUCGAGGGCGGGCUGCCGUCGAGUCUCGCCGGGUCACAGAUUCAGUCCCUGUGGGUCAACGGGAGGUCAUCCAGCAGUAAGCUCACUGGGGGCAUCGACGUGAUACAGAACAUGACAUCCUUGAAGGAGGUUUGGUUGCAUUCGAACUCUUUCUCUGGUCCAUUGCCGGACUUCUCGAACCUUAAAGACCUGCAAGUUCUGAGCUUGAGGGAUAACAUGUUCGCUGGUCCUGUUCCAUUGAGUUUACUUAGUCUUGGGUCCUUAAAAGUAGUUAACUUGACCAAUAACCUGCUUCAAGGUCCAGUUCCCGCCUUUAAGAGCUCCGUUUCAGUUGAUAUGAUUGAGAAUACGAACAGCUUCUGUCUGCCCAGCCCAGGUGAUUGCGAUUCGAGGGUGAGUACCCUGCUCUCAAUCUUGAAGUCUAUGGGUUACCCUCAAAGAUUUGCGCAGGCUUGGAAGGGGAAUAACCCUUGUGCUGAUUGGAUUGGCAUCACCUGCAACAAUGGGAACAUUACCGUCAUAAAUUUCCAGAGAAUGGGUCUCAACGGCACAAUAUCGCCUGAUUUUGGAUCCCUUGUUUCUCUCCGGAGACUCAUCCUUGCUGAUAACAAUCUCACGGGCACGGUUCCUUCGGAGCUCACCACCCUCCCUGCACUCACCGCCCUCGACUUGUCAAACAACCAACUCUAUGGGAAAAUACCAAGCUUUAGAACUGGCGUGGCUCUUAAGGUUGAUGGUAAUCCCGAUAUUGGGAAAGAAAAGAGCCCCUCAACCCCUCCAGGUUCUCCACCAGGAGGGGAAGGUCCUUCAGGAGCCCCAGCCAGCCCCACAAGCAGGAAGAAGUCAGCUGUGAUCGGAAUCGUGGUGGUCUCGGUGGUCGGGGCCUUGUUCUUGAUCUUCUUGCUGGGUCUGUUGGGUUUCUGCCUCUACAAGAAGAAGCAGAAGAGGUUUACUCGGGUUCAGAGCCCGAAUGCGAUGGUUAUUCACCCACGCAACUCGGGUGGCUCUGACAAUGACAGUGUGAAGAUAACUGUGGCUGGGUCCAGCGUCAGUGUGGGACCUGUCAGCGAGGCCUAUACUAUUCCCGGAAGUGAGAACGGGGAUAACAUCCAGAUGGUUGAGGCUGGGAACAUGGUGAUCUCAAUUCAAGUGCUGAAGAAUGUUACCAACAACUUCAGUGAAGAGAACAUACUCGGUCAAGGUGGGUUUGGAACAGUCUAUAAGGGAGAACUGCACGAUGGGACGAAAAUUGCAGUCAAGAGAAUGGAGGGUGGAGUAAUUGCAGGCAAAGGCCUCACAGAAUUUGAGUCAGAGAUCGCAGUUUUGACCAAAGUUCGGCAUAGGCACUUGGUGGCACUCCUGGGGUAUUGCUUAGAUGGUAACGAGAAGCUUCUUGUAUACGAACACAUGCCUCAGGGGACUCUCAGUCAUCACCUGUUUAGCUGGGCCAAGGAAGGGCUUAAGCCAUUGGAGUGGACCAGGAGGUUGACAAUUGCUCUGGACGUAGCAAGGGGGGUCGAGUACCUGCAUGGGUUGGCCCAUCAGAGCUUCAUACACAGAGACCUGAAGCCCUCAAACAUUCUGCUUGGAGAUGACAUGAGGGCCAAGGUUGGAGAUUUCGGUCUAGUUCGUCUCGCUCCGGAGGGCAAAGGCUCAAUUGAGACGAGAAUUGCUGGCACUUUUGGAUACUUGGCUCCGGAAUAUGCAGUGACUGGUCGGGUGACAACGAAGGUCGACGUCUUCAGUUUCGGGGUGAUCCUCAUGGAGCUUAUCACGGGCCGGAAGGCUCUUGACGAGUCUCAACCUGAGGAGAGCAUGCACUUGGUAACUUGGUUCCGAAGGAUGCACCUUAACAAGGAGGCGUUCAAGAAGGCGAUUGACCCCACUAUCGACCUUGACGAGGAGACAGUCGCCAGCAUAGGCACUGUGGCCGAGUUGGCUGGCCACUGCUGCGCGAGGGAGCCAUACCAGCGGCCCGACAUGGGCCACGCAGUCAACGUGUUGUCGUCGCUGGUAGAGCUGUGGAAACCAUCCGAGCAGAGCCCGGAUGAUAUCUAUGGUAUCGACCUCGAGAUGUCGCUGCCCCAGGCGCUCAAGAAGUGGCAGGCUUAUGAGGGAACAAGCGACAUGGAUUCCUCCUCGUCCUCAUACCUCCCGAGCUUAGACAACACACAGACCAGCAUACCAACGAGACCGUACGGGUUCGCCGAGUCUUUCACAUCAGAGGAUGGGAGGUAACGGACAGUGAUCGGAACGAGGCGAUGUCAAUUUUUAUUUGGUUCCUUUUUUGGUUGGAGUGGGUGCUGGGGUUGGUCUGUAAAGAAGCUUGGGGUCUGACCUGUGAUUAAUUCUUUCUUUUAUUUCAAGAUUUACCCUGUUUUUCUUCUUCUAUAAUCUGAUCUGAUGAUGAAUCAACUAUACUAAUUUCUGGGGGAUUGUUCUUGAGGAUGUAACUGAGUUUAUGUGUCAAUUGAGUUCCAUGUUUGAGAAAGCCUUGAUCAGAUUUGGUCAUUUUGGGUCUCUGAUCAAGGUAAGACUUUUGUACA